CAGCCGCUCAAUGUUGUCGCGCAUGCGCCCAGCACCUUUUACAGAUAUCAUAAACCCCGAACGAAGCACAAAGCAGGAAACUCUAGGGCCCGUCGUACCAAAUGUCGGGAGUUUUAAAUCUCGUAAUAUUUUAAUUUUAUACCAACCUUCAGUGAAAACGAGCAUGUGAUUUGCUAGUGCUACUUCUAACAGUGGUUUUUACGUCAUCAUGUAUAAAACUGUGCGCCAUGGCGAAAAUAGUCUUCAGUAUACUAUCCUUCCGCAGACCGAAGAAGUGCUUAACAACAGUGGACUUAAAGGGAAAGGGCGCGAUUACAGCCCCUCAAUUCACGUGAGACGGUCCAGGCGAAGAUCAACCCUCAAAUAUGUAUUAAUGGUUAUAUUUGGAACCGUUAUAGCCCUAGCAUUGGCUUCGGUUCCUCUUUACGUUAUGAACGGUGCUAUAUUUGCACGAAGAAUGCAAUUCGAUCACCAUGAUACUACGACGCCAGCUCUCACUCCUGGUGGAAGAGAAAUAUUACGAUCCCGUAAAAAGGAACUGAAGAUGUCUGCUGAAACUACCAUGAAACCUAAAUUGGACAUUUUAACUACCACAAUAACUUCCUCUACUACUUCACCAGUCCCCAUAACUGUGACCAGUGAAAAGAUUACAAAUCCAUGGACGAUGCCUGCUUUAAGGUCUUGGAAAGCAGCGUCAUCGACGGCUCUACCACAAUUACCAACAGAAGAUAUCGAACGGAUUCCACUCAUUGGUACACCUUCAGGAAGUGUGCGUCUUCUAGACCAUUACAUGUCCAUGAGGCCAUGGGAUAAGGACAUAAUAAUUAGACCAACCGUCACCUCAGAACCUAUAACGAUUCGUGACGUUUUUAACUAUUAUUCCAUUCACUCUACAGAGAAAGUUGUAACGGAUAGCCCGAAAGUAUUUGAAGAUGUAUUGAUCACCACAAAGGCUACGAUGAAGAACAUAGCAACUACUGAAGCUAGUGCGAGUGAUCUAUCAAAGUUCAAUGACCUAAAAGACACACUGCUAUCCGCAGAUACCGAUGAAGAGGUAAAGGAAACGCUAGAAGAGGACGAAGUAUUUUCUUUACCACCAUUAAAACCAGAUACGGCGGUGGGCUCGGAUUCAGAUGAAGUUACAGUUUCUAAGACCACAAAUGGCUGGUAUGGCCAGAAAUGGCCAUUUGUAGAUUCCUCAACUUACUUCCAGUGGCCUGUGAAUAGCCCCAAUGAUGGCAUCUUACUACCACUAUUAACAGCGGCUUUAUCAUCGAUGACUCUGGUGCUACUAUUGGCUUUUGCGAUCAAGUUAAGAAAACGUACCAGCCAUCCCUGCGCUCAUACUGGGAAGUUAUCCGCCGAAUCUCAAACUGACGACAACACUAACUUAUUGACGGCUGAAAAUCCAGAAGAAGUCGAGGAGUGAGAUGAGAAAUUAUAAUUUAAUUUUGCUUUUUGUCAUAUGCACAUUAAGGAAACAUUUUGAAUAUAAAAUACAUGAUUUUUAGAUCCAUUUCCAUUUAAAUACUAUAAAAAAAUCUUUUGAUGAGUAAUUUUCCUAAUCGUGCAUAAGACCUUAAAUGAUAAUUAAAUUUUACAUAAUCUAUCAUAUAACAACCUAAUGUCUAUGGUAUCUCAUUGAUCGAUAAAAAGACAUCCAUAUACAAUGUUCAUUAU